GCAUCAAUCCUUCGUCGACAUUCACUUCCAGCCAACCUUGUACGACCAAAUUUUUCCAAAAAAGUCACUUUCAGUUGUGUAGACCUCUAUCACUUUGAUCGCCUACAGGGCUUCACCUGUGUACCUAGUCAAGGAGGCUCCACUCUUGGAAUGGCUACGAAACACUUUGUUAAAGAAAUUUUUACCGUAAACGAACACCAAAGACACCGACGCCAGCAGCGGAAUGCUGCUCUUCUUCGAUUUUGUUUGGAUGGCAAACUGUUGCUCUCACUUCAGCACUUCCGCAUGCUAGAAAGAAAAGUGGAAAGAGCAAAGCAUGCUCAGCUUAAUGAAGUCGUCCAGUCUCCUGUUGAUGCUGUGUUACCAUCCGACUAUUUGCACAAUAACGAAACCAGAGAAAAUUGCAUUUCAAAUGCCAUUGAAGAUACUUGUUUUGGAAUACGAACUAGUUCCCCACCACAGCCGAGUGUGACCUUUGAGGUCAAGCAGAACGCCUCGUUGGAAGAGGUGGAUCACUCACUCAAACGACGAUUACAAGAUUCUCCGCAGUAUGAUGCGUCUUCUGAAGCCACGUCAAAAGAGGACGACCAUGAAGAUCUCAGUUUUCUCGAGAGCAUUGAGGAUUAUUACUUUCUUCAACCUUUGCCUGUCAAGAAGCGGCGUGUAUUACUGAGGAGAGCAGGUCUUGAAAAGAUCGAUGGGACAGAGAAGUCGGAGUGUCAGGCCAUUCGCAUUAGUCGGACUCAGUGUGGCUGCACUUGCUCUAACGGUGUCUGCGAUCCCAAGUCCUGUCAGUGCUCCAAAAAUGGGAUAACCUGCCAAGUAGAUCGACUCAAUUUCCCCUGCUCAUGCGUCAGUCCCCACCAUUGUCGGAAUCCCGCCGGUAGAAUUGAAUUUAAUCCGGUGAGAGUAAAAACGCACUAUCUGCACACUCGUAUGCGCCUCGAAAUGGAGAGACAACGCGAGGAGGAGAGACAACAAAAUGCCGAAUUCAGCACUAGUAUCCACACACGGUCGGGAGUGUCGCCAAAAAAUAUCCUUUCCGGGACAUCGUGCAAUAAUGACAAGGAAGGAGCUGUCGCAGGCACUGAUAUUGUCUCGUCAAAUUCCCGGUCUUGCAUGUCUUGUGAGCCCGCAACCGCCCACUCCCGGUCAAAUGAGAGCAUGCAGUACAAGCACGUGUCCUUCUUUGAAAGCCCAGAGGAAUCAGAAGCUUUCCUCGCAGAGCUUAAUACCACCCCUCAGGGCAGUUGUCGCGAUUGUCAAAAUGACCCCUACGUCCAAGUGCUAAUCCGGGAGUUGACUCAACGUGAGCCCUGCUUACAAGCGGUUCAGGAGUCAUCUGGUGCGGAGCUGGCCGGAGGUGGUACUGCUGGACCGGACUUGUCAAAUUCGCUAAAUAUGCAUGCAGAAGGGGAGGAGUGCGUAAACAAGAAAAUGCUUGAUGGUAAUCUCGCCUUCGAGCAGGGCAGCUUUGUUGUUGGUUCUCUUUACGUAAAACAGACUGCUCCCACCAAAGACGCACUCUUUGAGGAUACCCUGGUGGCCCAAACGCACACACAAAGUGUGGAACCUCCAUUAACCCCACGUUCUGUCGAAUUGGAAGGCGUGCGUACCGGCUGUGGCGAUACUGAUCCUCCAACUCCGAUGCUCGCAUUCAGUGGAGCUUCGUCAGUGGGACCUGUUCAGUCGUCUCCACCACCGCGGCCGCCUUCAGCUAACUCUCCGUCAAUGUACGAAGUAGUCACCGCUUGA